ACAAAAAAUACGCACUUAUUUGAAGUCUUGCUUUUUUUUUUUCAAGUCCAUACUUAUAAUUAAUAUAUUAUCAUUAAUUACUAUAUUCCUAUAUGGGUUUGGAUCAAAGGUUAAGGUUGAUGAAGAUGAUCAUGAUAAUGGUUUGUGCUCUUUUGGGUGUAACUCAAAGAAGCAUGAGUUGGCAGCAUAAUUAUGGGGAAGCAUUGUCAAAGAGCAUAUUGUUCUUUGAAGGGCAGAGGUCAGGGAAGUUACCACCAACACAAAGAAUGACUUGGAGGAAGGAUUCUGCAUUUGAAGAUGGAUUUCAACUUGAUGAUGAUCGAUUCUUUGAUAAAGUUGACUUAAUUGGCGGUUACUAUGAUGCGGGUGACAAUGUGAAAUUCAAUUUCCCAAUGGCAUUUUCAACAACAAUGCUGGCUUGGAGUGUUAUAGAGUUUGGAAAAUUCAUGGGCCAAGACCUUAACCAUGCAUUAGAUGCUAUAGGUUGGGCCACAGAUUAUUUACUUAAAUCCACAAAUAUCCCAGGAGUUGUGUUUGCACAAGUUGGUGACCCACAUGGUGAUCAUAAUUGUUGGGAGAGACCGGAAGAUAUGGACACUCCUAGAACAACAUUUUUUGUUAGUAGAGAGAAUCCUGGAUCUGAAGUUUCAGCUGAAAUUGCAGCAGCACUUGCAGCCUCUUCUAUUGUAUUUAGGAAAUACCAUAAUGUUGAAUAUUCUGAAAGGCUUCUUCAAAGGGCUAUAAUGGUUUUUGACUUUGCAGAUAAAUACAGAGGAUCAUACAAUGACAGCCUUGGUUCGUAUGUAUGCCCAUUCUAUUGUGAUUUUAGUGGCUACCAGGACGAAUUGGUGUGGGGAGCAGCAUGGUUACUCAAGGCUACUAAUCUUCCAAAUUACUGGAAUUACAUUAAACAAAAUAUUCACAAUGUGAAAAACUUUGGUGAAUUUGGAUGGGACUCAAAGGAUGCUGGCAUCAACGUUCUAGUUUCUAAGCUUCUAGUUAAUAAUCCAGCUUCUAAGCCUUUUACCCUUAAUGCUGACAAGUUUAUCUGUGCUGUGCUACCUGAAUCACCCUUAAUUUCAGUCUCAUACUCUCGAGGUGGGCUUCUAUUUAAGUCUGGUGGGAGUAACAUGCAACACGCAACAGCUUACUCAUUCCUUUUAAUGGUUUAUGCUGGAUAUUUAAAUAAAGCAAAUAAAAAGAUUGACUGUGGUGGUGGAGUUUUUGCUUCUUCAAGGAGACUUAAACAAGUAGCAAAAAGCCAGGUAGAUUACAUACUAGGAAACAACCCAUUGAAUAUGUCAUACAUGGUUGGAUAUGGAUCAAAAUUUCCUAAAAGAAUACAUCAUCGUGCAUCAUCCUUACCUUCAAUUGACCAACAUCCUAAUCAAAUCGAUUGCAAAGGAGGUUCCUCUUAUUUUGAAACCCAAAAUCCAAAUCCCAAUCUGCUUUUAGGAGCUAUUGUUGGAGGACCUAAUAUCAAUGAUGAGUAUGUUGAUUCUAGAGCAGAUUUUGUACACUCAGAACCUACAACAUACAUCAAUGCACCUCUUGUGGGUGUUUUGGCUUACUUUAAAUCACAUCCAUACUAAAGUUAUUUCUUAUAUAUUUACGAUACAAAUUGAAUCCUUUAUAGUUAUGAAAGAAUUUUGGUUCAUUCAGUAUAGAGUACACAUUUGUUUAUGAGAAAAACAAUAUGUGGGAGGAUGUUUGUACUAAAGUACUUGUACAUAAUAAAUUAUAUGAGUUAGGCCUUUACCAUGAGCAAAUGCA